ACCGCCAUUCUGAGAAUCUGUCACUCGCAAUCCCAAGCCGAUUUGUUUCUCAAAUACCCAUUUCCCAGUCCUCCGCGGCAUUCACUCUCGAAACUGGGAUAAACCGAUAGAAACAAAGCAAAAUCUUCGAAAUCCUGUUAAAUUUUCAUCCACGGCCGACCAUUCCGAUGAUUUACACGAACUUCUUGACAGUACUUUGGACGAUUUUCAGCAAAUCGACCUUAACCAUGCCGUUUCGAGAAAUGGAGAUGGGGCGGAGAGUAGAGGGGCUCUUCCUUCUGAGGUUCAAGGUUUAGGGAUGGGUUUGCCUGACUUGAGGAGCAUGAAAAAGGGGAAGCAGAAGGUUUCGAAGGAAUCGCAUGUCUCUGAGGCUCUUGAUAAGCUUAGAGAACAGACCAGAGAGGCCGUCAAGGGGCUUGAAUCGGUCACUGUCCCUAAAGCUGCUGGUGAUGAUUUUCAAGAUGCUUUGAUGGAAGAUUGGGUGAAGCAGUUCGGGGAGAUGGCUGGCUCUCAGAACAUGGAGUCGAUGGUCGAGAGGAUGAUGCAACAGCUUCUAUCCAAAGAGAUUCUCCUUGAACCAGUGAAAGAAAUAGGAGAAAGAUAUCCCAAAUGGUUGGAGGAGCAUAAAGCAAGUUUGAGCAAAGAAGAAUACGAACGCUAUUCUCAGCAACUCGAACUGAUAAAAGAUCUCAACAUCGUGUAUGAAAACGAACCCGAUAACUUUGACAAAAUUGUUGAGCUGAUGCAGAAAAUGCAAGAAUGUGGUCAGCCACCAAAUGAUAUUGUGCAAGAGCUGGGACCUGAUUUCGAUUUAACUAAUCUCGCACAAUUAUCUCCUGAGAUGUUGGAAUCUCAGACAAAUUGUUGUAUAAUGUGAGGUAAGGCUUUUGGAUGCUCUAAUUUGUGGUGCUUCCUUCCAUUUAUUCUCAUAUUUGUAUUGUCUCAAACAAAUUACUUUGUCCAAUAAUCAUGGGUUCAAUUUCAAUGUUUAUUGGACUCGGAAUAGAUAUCUCUCACACACACAAAUGAGAUUUUUGUUGUAUCAGAAGUGAUUUCUUCUAUCUUCUCUGUUGUGCCAUUGCCUUGGCUUGAAUC